AUGUUCUCAGCGCGGGGCAGUAUGCUCGCCAGCGCGAGGAUCCGCAUAAAUAAAUGUCUAAUAGACUAUAUCCUGUCUGACAACCCCCAUAACUUUCCAUACCUUAUCGAUCUCAUCUCAUUUCAUCUUCUCCCCAAGCUUGGACCCGUGGUAGCAUGUGGCUUGCACCGUGGAGUCAUUGAAGCUAAUGAGGCAGUCCACUUCGCCAGUCAAUUUCAGUUUACCACCGGAAGCAUUACGGGCCCAGUGUUCAGUCGGCUUCACAUGUGGCUUACCUAUUCGUUUCCACGUUCGUUCACUGAGCAGCGCGAUAUCGGAGCCAGUAUCAAGUUGCUAACGAACUGGGAUGUCAUUGAUCCGAACCGUCAGGAACUUCCUUCGGCAAGCAAAAUCAACUUUGGAUGUUGCCGUCACCGAGUUGAACCGCGAUUUGUGGGCUGUACGGUGGUGCGCGGGUGGCUGCAGUCUUUGAGGUUGACAGAAAUCUUCUUUGGGGCCGCGAAGACUGCACCUGGAACAUUUCUGAGGUCGCGGGGCAGCUUGGGGAGAAUUAAAUUUGUGAACCGUUCAUGCUCCGGUGUGCCGAGUUUUCGCAGCAAUAAUCUGACGUUCCAUCCAGCAUCUAAUUUGAAAAAAUCAGUCUUUAACAUGUCCUCGUACCGCUUGAACCAGGAGUCAAAAGCAACCCGUCUUAAUGCCGGACCGGCAAGCGUCCCGAAUUCUGGGCCAACCUCGUGCGGGCCAGGCAUAUCGGUCGUUGCUGCGCCUAAAGAUGCGCGGUAUAGCGGGAUCCGUGUGGAUUCCUGCCUAACAGGAAGUAAGCGAAAUCUUGGUCUUCUAGUCACUCUUUCUUCCCCAUCUGACGUAAAGGAGAUCUUGGAGCGGGCUGGCAGUAUUCAAAAGGCCAACCCAAUGAUCAGGCGCCUAUCUGAGGAUCGUCCUCUAGGCGCACGUAAGCUUGGUCAUAGCAGUGGUGAAACACGAAACAGGCUUCCACCGGGCACCAAUUCAGCCGACCCCAAACUCAUGACCAAGCCGAUUGUGGUUACAUCCCACUCUGAUCCCGAAAGCGGGCCGACGAAACCAGCUGCGUCUCCGGACAGCAGUUCUUUUUCGACCACCUAA